AAUAUAUUUAAUAGAAUGCUUGAAUAACCACAAAAUGGAAAGAACAUUUAUCUAGGAAACCUUGUACAAUAGUAGAUGGCUAAACCUAAAAGUACAUGUAUGGCAGGGAUUAGGGCGGUAAGUAUACAAACCAAGGUAAAGUUUGACACAAUCACAGCAGAUAAUCACAGUAGCCAAGUAGGAUAUAUUUUUUAUCCAUUUUUUCAUCCAUUCCUUGGGCUUUUGACUUAGGUUUUAUUAUUUUAUCUAAUUUUUGCCUUUUGUCUUUGAAGUAUGGGAAAUUACGGGUAUACAGACUGCACGCAUGUGCUUGCGUCGGAUGGCUUUCCAUACUCGACCGCACGUACAUGCGUGCGCCGUACAUAAGGAGGCUUAAUCCUGCCGCCCUCAGCAGAACAGUACACAGAACCAGAACCAAAAGUAAGAAUCUACAAGGAGACAUCGAGCAUCGGAGCAUCACAGCGACACAUCACAACAAGGACAUCUGGACAUCGGAUCUAUCGAGACAACUGUGGCAUGAUGUCUACCGAACAAGCAGCCAAGGCCAAUGUGAUGUAUAGUUGCAAGAUAUGCCCCUACACCAAUGGUACCCAAGAGGCGAUUGCUGUCCAUUUUCUGAAGCAGCAUAUGGACGUUGACUUCUGUUCUCUCAGUGAGCCUGUCGUCGAUACUUCUCAAGCUUGCAUGGAAGAAAGUCCAGCUCAGAAGGAGACAACAAAUGGUGAAGAACCAGGGAGGACACUACGAAGACGCAGUCAGAGGAAAGGAAAAACGACUACAUCCACAACUGCAGAUGGUUCAAAUUUGCUUGAAGAUGAGGAUCAGAAUAGAUUAGCAGAGGAUUCAGAUAAAUGUGGAAAAGAAGUGAGAAGUGCUAAUACUAGGUCCAGGAGGCAAGCUGUGGUUAAGAAAGCAGAUGGAAGUAGUGCACAGGAGAGUAACGAUGAGGGUCUAGGUCGUGGGAAGAGAAAGAAGAGCACUCCUAAGAGGUUUAAAACAGAGGAUGAUCAGUCAAACGUGACAGACACAAAAGUUGAUAAGAGUAUGUCUCCUGCGAGCAUGAAAACAUUACAGAAAAAUGACAGUCAUGAAACGAUGAGGAAAGACGAGGGAAACGUAAUCAGUCAACAGGUUGAAGAAGGUUCUUCUGAAGUUGCGAGUUGUAAACAAAAGACCGUUUCCAAAACCAAAGGCGAGACUCAAAAGCCUAUUGGGAAAAGGGCCGUUCCAAAGCUGUUGAAUACUGUCAAAGAAAAGACAGAGCUUUCACAGAACGUGACUUCAUCAAGAUCAACGAGAAGAAGUUCUAAAGCAUCAAGUACAUCUAUCAAAGUUGAGACAAUUAAUCAAAAGAUUAAGAGACUGCCAAUACCAAUCGAGAAGUUCAAGAAAAAGCUGGACCACAUGGUGAACGAUUGGAAAAUAGAACAGGAGAGAAAAAAAGAGGGCUUGUUUCAAACUUGUUCUUUCGCAAACUGUUUGAUGAAAUUGACGGAAAAUGAGAUGAAACUGCACGAAUCCUGUCAUGUUAAAUCUAUGGAUGGCCUGCGAUGUCCCAAUUGUGAAUUCAUGUGCAUUUAUUGGUGGCUCAUGCGGAAACAUCUAAGGAACAAGCACAAAAUGUGGAUAGAGAGAACUUUUCAGUGCGACCAAGAGAACUGUGAACGUAAGUUCAUUCGAUCUAAUCAACUUUGCAAGCAUGUCAUGGACAAGCAUUUCAAAGAAGAUCUUCUAGAUAGAAUACUGAAGGGGGAAUUCGAUCACAAGGAGUUUGAGAUAGAUGAGGCAGAAGAACAACUGGUUCCUACAUCUGUGCGCAAGAGGCGACAGGUUCGUCCAGACGAGACUGGUGAGAGCCGGAAAAAGAAUAAGAAAAGGCGAUUACGUGAUGUAGUUGGUGACAGUGAUGCGACCGAGAAUGAUCACAGGGGUAAAGUCACGUUUGUAUGUGAUCUCUGUUUGUCCAAAUUCAAGGAUGAAAACACCAUGGAAGCGCACAAAAAAGAACAUGAGACAAGUCAAGAGAAGAUGCUGUUCUGCCCAGAUUGUGGAAACGUCUGCGAUGGUAGCGAGAUGCUGAAAAACCACUACCGCAAUGAGCACAAGAGAAAGCUGAUGCGACAUCAGUGCGAACAAUGUCCCUUUGCAACCGAUAAGUUCUAUCAAAUGAACGCACAUCUGGCUAUACACACGGGACAGAAGGGCGUUAUGUGUGACCAGUGUGGAAAGUGGCUGGCCAAUCAAUACAAUCUGAAGGUCCACGAGUACAGGAAGCAUUCUUCUAAGGAGCAAAUGACUGUCACGUGUUCAGCAUGCCCGUAUAAAUGUGCAGAUAAAUCAAUCCUUAGAGAUCACAUCAAACAGCACCACAAAUCGAUGCUCAAGAACCCCAUCUACCACAACUGUCCUCACUGCGACUACGUAGGUCAUAAGCGACAGAGCCUGGAGUUCCACAUGAGGAUCCACAUGGAGCAACGUCGGUUUAAGUGCCACCUAUGUCCAUAUGCCAGCAAGACCAAGAAUCAUCUUAAGAUACACAUGCAAACGCAUGAUGGCUUUCAGUCUGCUUCCUGCCCUGACUGCAAUUUCAAAGCUGCAUCAAAAAAGCGUCUUUCCGAGCACAUAAUGCGGCGUCAUCUUGACGUAGAACCAUAUCUGUGCAAGGUAUGUGGUUGGAGGACUGCCUACAGUGGAAACAUGUGGAAACAUAUCAACCAACACAAAAAGAAGUUGGGUGAUGACAUGCAAGACGAGCCAGUUGCUGUGGAACUUGAACUGCUGAAAGGCACUGUUUUGCCCGAGAUGCCGAAAGCACCGACAGGGAAGACCCGUGGGCAGUCUGGUGUCGGGAACAUGCUGGGGGAUUUGGUGCUGAACAGCUCACAAACUGAUCAAGUUGACAUAUGCCUAGAUGAACUUUCGGGAAAACAGGAUGCUAGUAACGCACCAGGGAAUGAACUGCAAGUGUUGCAGUUUUCCGGGGAUGAUGCUCAGAGGACCUACCUGGGUGGCGGUGAUGAAGAGAUACAGAUUGUCCAGAUCGGUGAGGAUGCCCUGGGUGUGACCCCAGGCGUCGGGGAGCAGGUGUUAGCCCACAUCCAACAUGGAGACUCCUCGCAGCUUCAGCUCCAAUCAAGUCGUAUGGAGAUCUUCAUCACCCAUGAUGGCAAUGCCGGUCAAUCUGAGGAGGCCGUGGAGGUGCUGCACGUCAGGGAAGACGGGAGCAUUGUCUCUUCAACGAUGAACAGGGAUGUUGAAGUGGCUGUACUGGCAUUAGCGCAGCUUGAACCUGGAACCCAUGCUACAGAACUUCCAACUGCUGGUGGAGAUGGGGGCCGGAUAACUAUUCUUCAAACUGUCCAGCAAAACCAAGAAACCAGUAUGGAGUCUAACCCAGCAGUUGGGGGCUGUAUAGAAGGCGGUAUUCCAGUUGAGCCCUCGGUAAACACCUGCAAGACCUUUACAGUCGCAGACACGGUAAUGACAAUACCGGCAACGGGACAAAGUGGUGAUGGCUUGCCUUGUAAUCCUCAAGAAUCUAUCCCGUCAGGAGUUUGAAAAUGAGGUCGAAAUAUAUAAGUGCACAUGAUGAAGUUCACAGAAUUUACCUUACACUCUUAGACAAUAACCUUUGUUAUCUACCAAGAUAAUAAUUGCCAUUAUCACAGCAAUACCACCUUGAUAGUUUUGGUCCUCGUAGUGAAAUAUUCCCUGUAGACAUAUUUUAAAGUCAGACAUUUUUGUAUUCUACUACUUUCACAAAUUUAAAAAAAAAAGGGAACAAGAAAGAAUUAAAUUGAAGUCAAUUUUUCUCCUUGUUAAAAACCUGGCCUGAUCAUCCACAUCUCCAUUCAAAAUGGUAUUUCCAUGUAAAUCUCUGAUUAUGGUAUCAACCGCAGCACUCAAAAUUUUACGUGGUAUAGAUUCAAAACUGUCUAAGGCUAUACCCUUCAGGUCCUAGGAGAGACUAGCAUCCCUGAUAAAUAAUUUAAUUUUAAUUUUAUUAAAUAAUAAUAUAAUUGCAUUUAUAUUAUUCUAAUUUGUGUACAGUAUCAAUUCAUAGUUGUAUCACAUUGGAAUGUUUUGUAGUGUACACUUCUUCAAAAAUUCAGAACUAUGCCCCUACAAGAGUACAAGUAGAAUCUUGACUCGCAAUUGGGCCUGUCACCAGGGUGGGGUGAGGGAAGGGGGGGGGGGCAUGUAUGGGGUUAUUGUAAUGUAUUUGUCUCACAGUCACAAGGAAAUCUGGCAGGAGUAAGAUAUGGACAAAUUGUCAACCUAAAGUUUCUUUGUUGCUCCCCCAAUCCAUUAUAAAAGUUGAUUGUAUUUCUUUCAUAUUUUCUUUGCUGACAAAACAAUAAAGCUUUACCAUUUUUGCAGCUGAUUACCUCGAGGUUGAAUAUUUGUUACAAAAUAGCUAACUUCAAUAAAAACAAAAUUAUAUA